AUGUCUGCAAAUUCGAGCAAAGUUGGGCUGGAUCAUUGCCCUCGUCUCCUACAGGACGAUCUUGCUCUAUCCCCAGAAUGCGAAGGCUACAGCGAUUAUACCUACGUUCCAUGGGGCUGGCUUGUGGAUCUAUCUAGCAUUCGAACACACCAACAUCUAUUAGAAGGCUGGAACUUCACCGACUCUUGGCUUCAUGGUGUUCUCGGCAUCCCGCCUGAAGACACUUUCUACCUCAAAGACGCCAACCGCAACCACUACUCCUUCCAGGACUUCCUCAGCCGCGACCCCACCCCCCUCCGCAAGUACAACGAGAGCAUCCACAUCGCCGCCCUCGCCCGCCGCCCCGAACGUCUCCUCGUCCUCGGCACCCUCUUCGGCUCCUCCCGCCUGCACCUCCGCGCCCCCGCGCACUACCUCCUCCGCAAGCGCAUCCGCGCGCACAUGGCCCUCGCGAACGCGCCCCUCGCCCUCGUCGCCGCCCGCAUCCGCGGCGCGCUCGACCCCGCCGGCCGCGGCGCGUACCUCGCCGUGCACCUCCGCGUCGGGGACGGCGCGUUCGCGUGGCACGCGCACGAGAACGCGCGCGCGGCGUGGUGGCGCCUCCUCCGCGGGCCCCUGGGCGACGCGUUCCCGGACGACGACGCGGUCGCCGCGCUCGAACUCGCGCUCUUCCCGAACGAGGCCUCGGGGGCCCCUCCCGCCCUGUCCCCGGACGUCCCCGCGCUCCGCGCGCCCGUGCCCCCGCGCCCCCCGUUCCCAUGGCCUGCCCCGGUGCGCGGGCAGCGCAUGUGGGGGAGCGGCGUGCCCGAGGAUGGUCCGAAGUGCCGGGGGCCGCUGCACACGGCGCCGCACCUCCGCGCGCUGAACGCGCCGCUGUACGUCGCGACGGACGCGCGAGAGCCGACGCUCGCCGCGCCGCUGUGGCGGUUCGUGCGCACCUUCCCCUGCGCGUUCUUCCUCGAGGACUUUGCGGGAGACACGCGGUACACGGGCGCGCUGCGCGGCCUGCGCAACCCCGCGGACGGGGUGGCGCUCGGCCCGUUCUUGAUGCCGCUGUUGGACGCGAUGGUGGCGGGGCAGGCGUGGGCGGUGGUGGGGACGGAGGGGAGCACGUUUAGUGCGUAUGUGACGGACGUGCUGUGGAGGACGCAUCAUGGGUAUGAGAUCGUGCAGAGGGGGUGA